UAAUUUAUUUACCCUUGAAGUCUAACGAUUAAAAAUAGAACAUAAUUCAAUAUAGAUAUAUGAUUCUAUUAAUAAAUUAGCAGUUACAAAUUUGAAAUUUCUAGAAAUAUCAAAAGUCGUAUGUUAGUUAAUUAUCUUCUAGAUGACAUCUAUUUCUAAUUUUUUUUUGGAUAAAAAUAUUUUGCCUGAAGUAGAUAGUCCCAAAAGCUUUGAAUUUAGUCCCUUUUAUAUAGUAGGAUGAUUCUUAGAUUCACCUCAUCAUACUCACCAUUUUACCAUUUUAAUUACAUAAUUUUACAUGAGCUUCUUCACCCUUCCCGGUUAUUUUCUCUUUAUUUAUAACUACAAUAUAAAGUUAUAAACUAUAUAUAUUAUAAAUUAAUAAUUUAUUUACCUUUGAAGUCUAACGAUCAAAAAUAGAACAUAAUUCAAUAUAUAUAUAUAUAUAUAUAUAUAUAUAUAUGAUUCUAUUAAUAAAUUAGCAGUUACAAAUUUAAAAUUUCUAGAAAUAUCAAAAGUCAUAUGUUAGUUAAUUAUCUUCUAAAUAACAUCUAUUUUUAAUUUUUUUUUGGAUGAGAAUAUUUUGGCUGACGUGGAUAGUCCCAUAAGCUUUGAAUUUAGUCCCUUUUAUAUAGUAGGAUUGUGGUUUUAACUCAUAUCAAAAAAGCUUACGUUAACUCGGCUUUGUCUCAUUUUAAUUAAUGAGAUACUGGACUGUAUCGAUUUUGAUUUAUUUAGAAAUUUUAAGAAUUGAACUCAUUUUAACGGAAACAAAUUUCUUACAGUUUUUUAAUCUUUACAAACAAACUCAAUUAAGCAUCCCUAAACUACCAUUCUUAUUCAUAAUUACAUCUGUUUGUAUAUAUGAUAUUGAAAAUUACCAACCCAAUGGGAAAACUAAAGGAUAAAUAUAUAUAUCAUGUACAAACUGAUGCAAAUUCAACAUUAGUCUAGGUGAGAGGAGAACAUAUAUAUUUAUGUGAUUAUUAAUAUGUGUUUUGAGACCGAAAAAAACGUACUAUCAAGAUAUGACAUGUAUCGUCCGUAUCAAUUAUUCCUUCACACCUAAUCUGAAGAGAUUUUGUAUCUGUAGGUUUCGCCCAACUAAUUGAUAGUUACACUUUUCUCUUAGAAAAAGGCUUCAUUAUAGUUAAUCCGUAAUAUGAGGAAUGAAAGCUUACUUACUUUAGAAAGUUAUAUAUAUACGACCCUUAUAGAACAUCCACUGCAUCAAACACACAAACACAAAAUCACUUCUCAUCUUCUCCCAUAGAUAUCACACUUUCUCCACUAGCUGUUUUGCAGUUUUCAUCGCUGAUCUAGCAUCCGCUUAUCAUUAUUUCCAAGUUGCUUUCGGGACACGCUUUUACAUUACUACACUAAUGGAAAAGCUACAAAAGAUGAUCUCCGAGAAGUCAGUAGUGAUCUUUAGCAAGAACUCGUGCUGCAUGUCUCACACAAUCAAGACUCUCAUCUUAGACUUUGGUGUAAACCCGACGAUCUAUGAGUUAGACGAGAUCAACAGAGGAAAUGAGAUAGAGCAAGCAUUGGCUCAGCUCGGCUGCAGCCCCACCGUGCCGGCGGUUUUCAUAGGAGGUCAGCUCGUUGGUGGAGCCAAUCAAGUCAUGAGUCUUCAUCUCAAUCGCUCUCUUCUUCCAAUGCUUAAGCGGGUUGGGGCGUUAUGCAGGGCCGGCUGAAGACUAGGGGCCAGCAGUGCACUCGUCCGGAGCCCAUAUUUUUUUUUAAUCUAGUAGUAUAACUUUUCUUUUUGUUUUUUUUUUUUUUUUUUUUUGAACACUAACUUUUCUUUUUGUAAACAAUAAAUAUGACUUUUAAGUAAAACGAAAUUAAAAAAAAUAGGAAAGUUACAAAUCUAAUUUUAUGGAAACAAAAUCUUAUUUAUGUUAAUCUGUAUAAAUUUUUACCAAAUUAUAAUUAACUAAUGCUGAUUCUUCUGAUGUUGAUUUGAAUGAUCUUUUUUCUGAACUGAGAAUGUUGCAAACGACUUUACCUGGUGUACCUAUAGAACCUAGUGAAGUUCUAGAAUUUGUUGCUUAGAAAUUUUUUUUGACUACACCUGUGUAGCUUCAGCAGAUAGGAGCUUUUCAAAAUUAAAGUUGUUGAAAAAUUAUUUAAGAUCUUCGAUGUUUCAAGAAAUUUUGAAUGGUUUAGCUAUUUUAUGUAUUGUAAAGAAUGUCUUAGAAAGCAUUGAUUUUGAAACUGUCAUAUGUGAUUUUGCAUAGAGUAAAGCUCGAAAAAAUUGUAUUGCAUUUUUUUUAGGAUGACUAUUGUUUUUUUUUCUUUUUUCAGAUUUGCAGAACGAUGUUAUAUUGUGAAGAUUUUUUUAGAAGCAAAUGAUCUCAUUCUCAAGGAAAAAAAGCUAUAAAAACAGCAAGAUUGUUUUAUCUUAUCGUUUGUGCUUAUCUUUUCAAAUGAAAACGAUUUUUUUACCUUGUAGCUAUAAUAUCAACAUUUCAAUUUUAUAUGUAAAAUGCUAACUUUUUUU